CGCUCCGCUGGCAGAGCCGCCGUAUCAGUUAGUUGUUAACUUGCCAUCGCCGAAGGAACAAGAGGCGCGAAAAGCGAAACGCGGACGCAGAAACGAAAUCGAAUCGAAUGUGCACCGCGCACCUGAAUUAAAUUCGUGGCGCAAAGGCAAGAAUUACUAUUCGAUUCGUCGUUUUUCUUGCGUGGCUCUUAUUUUUUUUUAAUUUUUUGUGUCUUGCGGAAGUGUUGCCAGCAUCCGCGACUGUUUUCAGUUCCUAGCUUUUGGCUUUCCUCUCAGCUAGCAGUCGUUAGGGUACAACUCUUGGCCUCGGUCAUAUCAAAAAAGGAAAAAAAUUUAUAUAAAAAACAACAAAUAUGUGAAAAAGUCGGCAACAAGUGCCUGCGAAAAACUGUUUUAUUGACACAUGUAUUUUACAUUUUAUAAGAACCAUAAAUGUGUGUUUAUAAAUAAAAAGUAAAUAUUUCAACGCACCCAAAAAGACAGAGAGAUUGCGGUGAAGAGAGCGAGAGCAGAGGGGCUACAAAUUUUCAGCGUGCGUGUGUGUGUGUAAUUGUUGAUCAAUUGUCAUGUGCAAAAAAGUAAAAACAAUAACACCCAGCAUCAUCAAUGGGAGGAAAAGCAUUGCAAAAUCAACCAAGUGAAACGGAACCUAAUGAAAAUCGCUAAAAGCAACGAGAUUACUACAGUGACAAGUGGCAAACGAACUCUCUCGAACAAAGAUUGCGCUCGCCAACCAAGUACAGUGAAUCGUCGUUACUGGCAUUCGGAAGCUUCGCGAGAUAUCUAUGCAAAUAUGUCGAUGUGAUUCACUGAAAGAAGUCAGCAUAAAAAAUAUAUACAUAUUUCUAAAUGUUUCACAAACAAGUCCCAAGAAAAUCCAGAAAAAACCCGACGAUAACACUAAACCACGAGUUCGGCGAUAAGUUGAUAUUUCAAACACAGGCUUCCGAGAACCAAGAACAAUGGAAUGAAAAGUCGCCAAGAUCAAGAGCAAUAACAUUAAUAUUCCAUAGACCCAAAAACUGUAAAAGGUCGUCAAUAAAAUAAAUAUUCCUUAGCCGCCAGACGAGUGAGAAAUAUCCAUGGAAAAGCCAUUAAAAUCCAUAACGCCCAGGUUCAAAUGGUUAAGAAAUGAAUAAUACCGCUGCGAAUCAAGUGCGGUGAACAACACAACGGCAAAUUGAAACGUUCUAAGAAAGUGCUCCAUAAUUGAGGCAGGGCGUUGUCGAUAACCAACAUGGAGACCUUAAUGACCUGAUGGAAUAUUUUUUUAUUUAUUAACAAAUGCCAGACAUUGGAAGGCAGCCGAUCGAUCUGUUCCGUGCAAUUUGUGGAGCAGAAGGUUCGGUAUUUUCACAUUAGAUCUUGCUAAAGAGCUUGAGAACUGAAAUAUUAGUAAGCUGGAUUUUAACAAUAGCAAAGAGAACCUAUUAGACUGUAUACACAAUCAAAAUUCAAGUUGAAGCGGACUUGUUGCUGAGAACUGGAGCAAAAGAUACAUUCUUAGUUAAGUUUAGAUACUAACUGAACCUAAGAACAGGGCUAUUAUUUAUUGUCGCCAAGAGAGGGCAUAGAAUUUUUAGCAGACUGAUUAUAUCUGAUUAACGAGAGCGAGAGCAGUCCAUGCCACCCUUUGAAGAGGGUGAAGUCAAGCCAGAGGAGCAGAUACCUCUAAAGCCGACCCGACGCCACAAGAAGAUGAAGUCGGCGGACCAAGAGGCCGCCCAGACGCCGGCGGAGGAUCACGAGGAGGAGCAAUUGCUGCCGGGCAGCGGGACGAGCAAUCUGCGUUAUGCCCGGGCCAAUUUGAGCCAGAGCAGCCUGAUGCUGAGCCACCAGCAGGGCUCCUUCGAAUCGUCCACCGAGCGAACGGCGAGCAGUGAGACCCUGGAUGUAAUGCCGAUAUCGAGGCGCUACCAGGUGCAUCCACAGCCGAACCGCUUGGGGAUUCGGCAGCCAGCCUCGGCCUUGGCGAGCGCUCUGCAUGCCACUGCCAGAUUGGCGGCCAGUGUGGAUGCCUAUACGGCGGCGGCUACAGCCACAGCGGCAACCGGCGACUACGGCGAUUAUAUGCGCCCGCAACCGAACCUCGGUCACGCCCACCAGCCACCCCUCGCCCAGACAACCCAGACAGCCCAGCCCCUGCACCACCAGCUGCCCGCGCACCAGCUGGGCAAUCUGAGAGCGAGCAAUUUUGUGGGGUCGUCGCGGUAUCUCUAUCACAGCCAGUUCAAUUCGAAUUCGCCGCAAACGAGACGCUUCACUGCGCAGCGAGACGGGUCGCCAGCAUACGCGGCUUCAGUGGCGGCAGCUUCAGCGGCGGCAGCAGCUUCAGCAGUAGCACCGAUAGCGCCACUAGCACCAUUAGCCUCCAUAGCAUCGCCCCCAUUCGCGGCCCAGCCGCCCUUUCAGUUGCGCACCUACCAACAGAAUCAAUCCUACCGCUUUCAGCCGCGCGGACACCAUCGCACCGCCAGCAGCAGCAUGUCGCAGUCAGGCGAGGAUCUCCACUCGCCCACCUACCUGUCCUGGCGGAAGCUCCAGCUCAGUCGGGCCAAGCUCAAGGCAUCCAGCAAGACGUCCGCCCUGCUCUCCGGAUUCGCCAUGGUGGCGAUGGUGGAGGUGCAACUGGAUCACGAUACGAAUGUUCCACCGGGCAUGCUGAUUGCCUUCGCCAUCUGCACCACCCUCCUGGUGGCGGUGCACAUGCUGGCCCUGAUGAUCAGCACCUGUAUCCUGCCAAAUAUCGAGACGGUGUGCAAUCUGCACAGUAUUUCCCUGGUCCACGAAUCGCCGCACGAGCGUCUCCAUUGGUACAUUGAAACGGCGUGGGCCUUCUCCACGCUGCUGGGACUCAUACUCUUCCUGCUGGAGAUAGCCAUCCUGUGCUGGGUGAAAUUCUACGACCUAAGUCCGCCGGCGGCGUGGUCAGCGUGUGUGGUCCUCAUACCGGUGAUGAUCAUCUUCAUGGCCUUCGCCAUUCACUUCUAUCGCUCCCUGGUGUCGCACAAGUACGAGGUGACAGUCUCGGGCAUCCGCGAGCUGGAGAUGCUCAAGGAGCAGAUGGAGCAGGAUCAUUUGGAGCAUCACAAUAACAUACGAAAUAAUGGCAUGAACUAUGGCGCAUCCGGGGACAUUGUCUAGCACCACUUGGUGGAUCCGCCAAGUGGAUCGAACGAAAAAGACAGCGGCUCAGGGUAAGCUUCAGAUUAUUUUAGUGAAACAAACACACAUAUUGUAAAUUUGUAGUUGAUUAAAAUUGUGAUACGCGGAAUUCAGUAGAUAUCUACUAUAAUAUAUAUAUACGUGAACUGUAUUGCGUGUGCUGUAGUCCUUUAUUUUACUUAUGGCAAUUACGGAUUAGCACGGAUAUUGACAAUGAUACAAGACCUCAAUUGAAGCAAUACUUCGGAUGAAUAUUCCUCAUAAAUUAGCUGAUAUUUGUUACAUAUUUAUAUUGCGUGUAUUUUAAAUUGUAUGCCAUGCCGGAUUUUUUUGCAACCAUCCUUAGGCAGUCUUCCCUUUUUUAAAUUUAAGAGCAGCUUGGACACAAGUUGAUUGUCUUAGCCCCUAAUUUAAUGUUAAGCCAAUUGUGUAAGCGAAACCGCGCUGUAAUUUAUACCAUAUAAUUUAUGAUUAAAAGAUUUUUCUAUAUAUA